UAUAAUUCAGCGACGCACCGGUUAUUUACUUCCGGGCGUGGAAAUUUAGAUUUUUUUGGAUAUUUUUUAUUUAAACGAAUUUGACACGGCAUGGAAGCGAAAAGAAAAGCAAUGGACGGAGCACUCGUUCCAGUUAAACGUCCUAGAAAUGAAUUAGUAGCUGUGGGGGAUAAGGAAAACUCAAUAGUACAGAGUGGUAUACAAAGGUUAUCAAAUCUUGAAGCACCCAUUAUGUUGCUCACAGGACACGAAGGGGAUAUAUUCUGCUGUAAAUUUUCUCCAGAUGGAAAGAUGUUAGCCUCUGCAGGGUUUGACCGCUUGAUUUAUUUCUGGAAUGUGUAUGGUGAUUGUGAGAACUUUGCUGUAUUAAAAGGACACUCUGGUGCAAUAAUGGAAAUACAAUUCUCAACUGAUGGAAGUUCAUUAGUAUCAGCAGCCACAGAUAAAACAUUAUCGUUGUGGGACGUGGAUGUUGGAACAAGAGUAAAGAAGUUCAAAGGUCAUAAUAGUUUUGUAAACUGUUGUAAUAUAGCAAGGCGUGGCCCACAGUUGGUGUGUAGUGGAAGUGACGAUGGAACUAUAAAGUUAUGGGAUUGUCGGAAGAGAGGGGUAUUACAGUCAUUUCAAAACACAUACCAGGUCACUUCCAUCACGUUCUCCGAUACAGCUGAACAAAUCUUCUCCGGUGGCAUAGAUAAUGAUUUAAAGGUGUGGGAUUUACGGAAGAAUGAUGUAUUAUACAGAAUGCGAGGACACUCGGACACGGUUACAGGAAUGCAUCUGUCACCAGAUGGGUCAUAUUUACUAACAAACAGCAUGGACAACACAGUUCGUAUUUGGGAUGUACGACCAUUUGCUCCACAAGAAAGGUGUGUUAAGAUUAUGCAGGGGCAUCAACAUACAUUUGAAAAGAAUCUUUUACGAUGUGCAUGGGCACCUGAUGGUAGUAAAGUGGCGGCAGGAUCUGGUGAUAGAUUUGUAUAUAUCUGGGACACGACGUCCAGGAGAAUAUUAUAUAAACUACCAGGACAUGCAGGAUCUGUUAACGAAAUUGACUUCCAUCCUGAAGAACCAAUUAUUGCAUCGUGUGGAAGUGACAAAAAGAUUUAUCUGGGUGAAAUAGAAUGAGA